AUGCGACUUCUCGGGGGUAUCGCGGAGUCACCUUUUCUGAUUUCACGGCUAAACCCUAAUUCGACGGCCACAGAAUACGGAGGCGGUGGUGGGUUUACCGGCGGAUGGAUCGAUAGGUGCCAUGGAUUCUUACACAACACGCUUCUUGUUGCGGCUUCUCUCUUCUUUGUGGCUUACUUAGCUUACGAGGCGAAGAAGAGCUUCUCUAAACUCUCCAAUCGGAGAUCUUACAUCAUGAUCGCCUAUUAUGCCUGUCUUUGGCUUGUUAGCUUGCUCAAUCUUGCUUGGUGCUGCCUCCAGGCUUGGGAAUGCACUCCUGGGAAAGAACUAGGCUGGAAUCUAAUGACUUCGUUCACAACGUCUGGAAUGUUGUUUCUGGAAGUAAGCUUGGUGGCUUUUCUCUUCCAAGGAAACUAUGCAAGUGGUGCACAAGCAUUAACGAGAACUUUCCUCAUCUCGGGGUUUAUUAUUGGUCUUGAUUUGCUUCUCAAGGCAAUUUUUCUCUUUGGGUUUGGUGUGCCAUUGUUUACUGACAACAACGAAAGUACACAAAAGUUCAAAUGGGGAGUAUGGGUCAUUCACAAGCUCCUACUCACUGCCGUUUAUGGGGUGAUAUUCUUGAUGUACAACUCUAGAUGGAGAGAAAGAUUGCCUGCAAGGCCUGCAUUCUACAAGUACAUAACCACCAUGUUUGCCUUAUAUGGACUCUCCCUAGUUGCAUCUGCCUUUACUGCAAACGGCGCUCAUUUUGGAUUCUGGUUGUAUGGGAUCACCAGUGUUUGCUACCACUCCUUGUACCUUCCACUUCUUUACAUAACUUUUCUCGCAGACUUUUUCCAGGAAGAAGAUCUGAACUUGGAGAAUGUAUACUACUCAGAGAUGAAAGAUGCUGGAUUUUUCGAUGCUGAUUGGGAAUAA